GCUGCCAGACAUGUCUAAGCCUGACAAAGAACAAAAGUCAUCAGAGGCGAGGGCGGACCUGCCACAGGUUGUGCACAAGGCUGUCGUGGGGGUUCCUUGGGAGCCUCAUGAGUUCAUUGAGCGAGCUGCGCGUGCAGUUCACCCAAAGCACAUCAUGCAUGGUCUUCCAGCACGCCUUAAGACAGUCAUUGACAAGCUGGCGACAUCGACACCAGGCGAGGUUGGGCAGCACAGGGUGGCCGAGCUUCGCAAAUGGGUACUAAGGAAACAGGAGCUACGAGAAGCUGAGUGUGCGUACAAGGCCGACAUGCCGGACCACUGUUCAAACAUCCUUCGAAGCAAGCCUCUUUUGUUGUUCCAAGAGAUGUUGAGUGAGUGUGGAUUCGAAGAUGAGGACCUCGUUGGAGACAUCAGUCAAGGGUUCGAGAUCAAGGGAAAAUUCCUAGAUUUGAAAUCAUCUGCUCGUCAGUUGCGAAAGGGUAUCAUCAAUUCCACGCGUGGGUCAGGUGCCGCUAAGCUUGAUCGGGCUACUAUGGAGGCAACGCGCAAAGAAGUAGAGCGAAAGUGGUUGUGGGGUCCGAUUCCAGAGUCUGACCUCAGCGACACAGCCAUUGUCACAAGGAGGUUUGGCAUAUGGCAGGGCGACAAAUGUCGCCCGAUAGACAACUUCAAGGAGUCAGGUAUAAACGCUACCACGAGUGCUAUCGACACGAUCACCGUGCAUACUGUGGACUGCAUUGCAAGUGGGAUUUCAUAUCGGUUGAGCACUUGGCGAGACAGUCGCAGUUUCCUUGACUUGGUGGCCAAAACAUGGGACCUUAACAAGGCCUACAAGAACCUACCACUUCACUCUUCAGCUGUUGACGACGCGACUUCGCUGGGAUUGUGGACGAUAUGCACUUCGCUUUUCUGGCUGCAUCUCAACGUGUAUUUCGAUGACUUUAUUGGCAUCGAGUCGGUUUCUUUGGCGCGGAUUUUUGAUCUUUGCAUGAGCGGGGUGUUGAUGCUUCUCGGCUGGGACACGGCGAGCGACAAGGACACCACUUUCUCAGCCUUGACUAAGGUGUUGGGGAUACAGAUCGAUCUUUCCGAAUGCCGACUAAACCGGGUGUACUUCGAAAACACUAGGAGUCGCCGUGACGAGCUGGGUGAGUUUCUUGGUACAUGCAUCUCCAAAGGCCAUCUGACAAAAAAGGACGGCGAGAGACUCAGGGGCCGCUUGCAAUUCGCAGAGGCGCAGAUUUCUGGGAAGCGAGCGGGUUUGGCUUUCGGGUGUCUCAGCAAACAUGUCAGCAAUGGUGGGGGUGCUCUCGAUGACCGUACGUUGGAGGCCCUCGGCUUUCUUCGCGACAGAGUUUUGACUUCACCACCGCGUUUUAUCAGCAACAACUUGACUUGUACUUGGCAUCUGUAUGUGGAUGCAUCUCAUGAGCCGACGACUGCCAACCCAGGCGAGGUCGCUGGCAUUGGUGGAAUUCAUUACAAUCAGUUUGCCAAUCCUACAGGUCAUUUCAGCGAAUGGAUCAGCAAAGACGAUGUGGCUCGCCUAGGCCGUGAAGGCAGCGAGAAUCCCAUAUUCGAGCUUGAGUGUUAUGCAAUACUGGCUGGACUGCUGACUUGGAAGCCAAUCAUUCAAGGUUGCAGCGUAAUUGUUUUUACUGACAACGAUGCUGCUCUCAUGAGUAUGAUCCGCGGUGUGAGCAAGAAUGGAGCUGGAGCCAGUAUAGUUAAUGCUGUACGUAGCCUUGUUGAUCUGUGCAACAUUCCGAUAUGGUUCGAGCGUGUCAACACGCACAGCAACAUUGCUGAUCGGCCGAGCAGAGGCGAGACUUGUGACGAGUGGGGCUCUCGUUCACAUGUGAGUACGACCGAUGUGCUCGCAUUUGUGGAAGGCUUGGGGUAG